AUGAAGAGAUUUGCUUAUGCGAGGACUGCAACACAAAGUGUACGGCCAGUUGCAGCUCCUCCUUCUAAAGCAGUUAUCGUUAUUCCCAAAGUUAAAACAUCGGCUCGCUCUGGUUCAACAAUUAAGAUCGAGAUUCCUAGAAAUAGCAGCUUUGAUCAGUUCUCAACAAUACAAGAAGAUGACAAAUUCGAAAGCGAUGAUGAUAAGAGAGAACUUAUCAAACUAGGAAUGCAACAUUUGUCAAAACAGAUUGAAAUUACGGCACCUGUUAAAACAUCAAGAUCAUCGAAGUCACUUGAGAAUAAAGAUGUCAUAUCAGGAUCAGAGAAAUCAAAAUUUGCUCAAGAAUUUAUUAAUAAUUAUACUUUAUCAAAUUAUCAAGACCAUUAUGCAUAUGUAAUACAGUCAGCUUUUCGUCUUUAUAGAAACAAAAUGCAUUGGAGGAACUUUAUCAAGCUCCGGACAAAGUAUCAUCGUAGAAUUACAGAAUUAUUUUUUCAUAAUUGGAGAAUCUCUGUGGUUAACGACCCAACGAUUAUCAAGAAAGAAUUCAAAAAGCUAAAGAACGCUUGCAACCAACUAACUUUCGUUCCUCACGGAAGAGAAUUUGCGGCUUUUCCAUACUUUUACAUUUCCAACCAAAUUUACACUCCUAAAGGUUUUAACUCACAAUUCCUUUACCAAUUCGUUCAUAUUGCGUAUACUCCAAUGAAAUUUAAUUAUUUUACAGAAUGGCAAGAAGCAGCGAGGAAACUACGCCAAGAAAGACUUAAGUUUGCAUUUAUCUCAUUCAGUGUCAAAAAGAACAGAGUUUUUGGCAAUGUUUUGACAAUAUUUCAGAAUUGGUACAGAUUUACUAAAUGGAAACGCUUAAUGCAAUCACAGCAACCUGCCAAAUCAAAAGACAGUAAGCAUUACAUCACUCUCAACUCAACAGAAGUCAAUGUUCACUGGAAUGUCCAAGAACAUAAACUAAAUCAGUUCGAAAAACGCAAAGCAAGGGCCAUCAACUACUCCAAGAAGCAGAUCCUCUCACGAGCAGUCAAAGCCUUAUACAACCAGUCAGUCAAACGUACAACAGAUCAAGCUUUGGCCGCAAACUCGGAUAUCUUCCGAAAUCUGCAACUCAUGAAGCUCGCACACAGCGCGUGGUCGAGAUAUAUGGAGAUAAACCAACACAAAAGACAGAUGCAACACGAUAUUCUCCAUAAUUGGUACGACUACGCGUACAAAAAAGCAAAAUUGAAACAAACUGUCACUUUUUAUCAACAACGUGAAAAACGGUUUUUCCUUCUGAAAAUUUUGAAUAGGUGGAACAAAGUUAAAGAGAUCCAGAAGAUCAAGAACCUUGAAGAGAUGAUGCGUAUCCAGAAAAACUCAACACUUGCUUUACAAUUCAUUUUCAUUUUGUUGAAACAAGGAGAAAUUUCCUAUCAAUUGCGUUGUUGGCAGUUGUGGAUCAGAUUCACGAGACAGAGACACAAAUGGCAUCAGUUCUCAGGCUGGUCUGAUAAAAGGAAGAUCACAGAAGACUUGAAUCGCGAAACAAUUUGCGAACUCAAGAGAAUAUCGAACAACAAAAUGCUUGGAAGAAUUCAAGAACCAGAAACCGAAAUAAUUCCAAGAAAAACAUGCAUCAAUUUGGAAUCAACACUCGAAGAAGUCCACAGGAUUGACAAGGAAAUACAGUUCCAUGUAAACGUAACAAAACAUGGCUCAACUCAAUCAAUGUUGGAUUUCUCAGCUGUCAAAAUUCAAUGCAAAUCUUAUGUUUCGUUGAUGAGAGCUUUUAUUUUGUUUUUGCACUCGAAACAGAAGUUCGACAUUUACGGAACAAUCCAGGACCAGAACUGGCAGCCAAGUGGUACAGAAACAACCACAACGGCUGUUACACAGAACGAAAUGAACUUGACAAUCGAAGAAUUCACAGAAAGAGUUUGGAGCAACGCAAAAAUUUUCAAACAGAAUUUGCAAGCGAAAUUGGCGCGUGAUAAACCAAUUGUUUCAUUAAUCCGCGCACACAUCGAAGCUUGCAAACUCAAGCAAGUACUUCCAGACUUCAGAACUUGCAAAGACGGCGUCAAACUCAAGGAAUCCCCUGAAAAUCCUGUUUCAGAAGAAAAUUUGGGAAUUUUACUCAAUUUUGAAAAAGUGUCACAGCGAUUUAUCGACAGUUUAUUGAAGAAACCGAACAGGAUUCAGACGAAUCUCAUGGAAGAGUACAAUGCUGCCAACAAGACCUUCUCGAGGCGCUUAAGACAACCCGAUGUUUUGUUGGCAGAUUUGACAAGAAUGAAAUCUCAAAUUUCAUUCAAUAUCGUUUCAGACAUGGCCGCCCAGAGAAACCAUGAUGCAUCGAAGAUCAAGAACGCAAGGAUUGAAUCAUUCAACAAGGAGUCGAACAACGAGAUCGACUUGUCAACAAAGAAUUCAAUGAUUCAAUUAAGUGGUUUAUUUGGUCGUCAAGCAUCAAUGGCACUUUUUGACAGUUCCAGCAAAUUUGGAAUUUCCUCGAGCAGUUCUGCAUUCGACAAUUUCGGUGGUAAUGGAGACACGAUGUUCACUGCCUUGUAUUUGAGAAGUAAAAUUGGCGAAUACACAACUGUCAGCGAAUUAAUUUCCGCUGUUUCGAAGUUUUUCUCCACUUUUGCACAGACACCAUUACACAUUGGAGGAAACAUUAUACAGUACAACUCAAAGACUAUGUUUGAUGGUGUCAAACUCGAGACUUUGAAGAAGAGAGUUGUCAACAAAAACAUCAACUCUUUCAUUCAAACAUUGUCACAAAAAGAAUUGGGAACAAUGGCGAAAGAAGAAGUUCUCCUUGAAUUCGCCAAGAACUGUGUUACUGCAAUCAUCACUUGCAACAGGAACUUGAAAGAAACGAAACUCGCUGAGUAUUGCGUGGAAUUUCCAUUCAUUGAUUUGAAAGAUAUCGACAAUGAAUCUUCUGUUUUGUCUAGAGACAGAUUGUGGAGAUCCAUCAAGAAGAGAUUCCCUAAAAUGGAUACUUCAACAUCAGGAAUGUCCCUCAGACAAUUGUCUUCUCACAACUCUGUAAACAGAUUGGAAACAGUCGACCAAAAUCUUUCUGUAAAAGAUGCUUACAUUUGUUGUUUGACUGUUCCUUUCAUCCUUGAAGAAGAUGCUUUGGCGGAUUUCAUGAGAGCAAAGAUGAUGGAAACUCAGAAUGGAGAAGUGGUUACAACAUGGUAA